AUGGCCAAGCCAUUGACUUUGCAAAGAGGUAUGGCUUUCCUUUCAUUUUUCAGACAUAAAAUAGACAUAAACAGAGCCAUUGAACUUUUGGAUAAUCUAUUGAAAUGUCCAUCACUGCAGCCCGCGAAACUUGCUGCUUUGCAGCGCAUAUUGCAGUCAGAUUUUCUAAAUAUGGUCCGUGAAGGGUAUGAACAUAUAUACCAUGUCGUCGACAUGGCCGGCCCUGAAGAGGUUUGUCGACUACUUUGUUUUUGAGACUUCCUCAUCUUGCAUUUACGUUUUCCUUACCUUUUUAACCAUAUUCUGUUAGCAAUCCGUUUCCAGCUCCUUCUGACGUUAAUUUGAGUGUGACCAGCUUUCUCCCGUACUGACUCUUAUCAGUGUCUGUUUGGCACAAUUUAUCCACCAGUCUGCUCUUACAGGAAGAAAAUUUAUCAGGCAACACCAAAAGAUCCAUCGGGGCAGUGCUUGCACCAUUAUAGUCUGUCAGAAAUGCCAGGGAUUUGGCGUGUAAAUAGAGCAGUGACGUACUGUGCGUCUACUAAAUAAAGUUCUAGUCCAACUUCAUAAUGGCUCUAGGGCGGAUCUGAGGGUUGAGAACUGUAUGCAUCCAGCUGGCCGGAAAGGUCCUCUAGUACUUACCACCAGUUUACAUGUUGUAGAACUUUAUGUCAAGUUUGCUCUGCUCUACUUCAUAAAUUCUUAGGGCAUUCCGCGCCACCUAUGUUAAUUCGCACCCAUCAGUAAGUUCUUUCGCUGACGUCGACUUCCAUAAAAUGCGAUAAACGGCCUGCACAGUCGUUCUGUGUAGUCUGUAUUGCCAAGAUUGUCGUCGCUGUUAUGUCCGUCAGAUCCCUGUUGACAUUUAUAAGGAGCGUGGACAAACUUUUGUCCUUCUGUCGCCUAUAAAGAUGUACAAAGAAGGCUUUCAACGCGGGUGUUUAGGGAAAAGUCCCUUAAGAGCCAUAGCAUCCUUGUACUGAUGAUGCCUGAGAUGUAUUUUGAACCCUCUUAGCACGCACGCAAACGAAGAUCGGGAUGUGCUUUUUGAGAGGGGUUCACAUGGUCGUGCUACAAAGUCUAGGUAGCGACAGUUUUUAAAACUGGGGAUUUGCUAAAACCAUAACCCCUCAGCAUGUGAGCACGGUUGUCGUCUGUUGAUAUUCUUUGCUCCUACUCAGACUGCGGAACCGAAUAAGAUGUUUUUGCAUGGCUUUGCUGGGCCGACCAUUCAAAUUACAGAGCAGUUUUGAUCAAAAUGAUGAACGGUCUGCGUGCAUUAUACAAACCGGUGGACAUUUUCACAGUUAUCACUUUUAGGCUGAAAUUUUUUGGUGUCUUAUGUCUUUCUUGACGAAUUAUUUCCUGUUUUAUAUUUGAGGUGCGCGCAAGUGCUACAGCUAAGGCUACUGUAGCGGCCUUUGCUGCCAGUGAGGGCCAUGCCCAUCCACGAAUCGUGGAGCUGCCGAAGACAGACGAGGGUCUGGGCUUCAACGUAAUGGGUGGCAAGGAGCAGAAUUCGCCUAUCUAUAUCAGCCGCAUUAUCCCUGGUGGUGUGGCCCAUCGUCAUGGCGGCCUCAAACGAGGAGAUCAGCUUCUCUCUGUGAACGGGGUAUCCGUGGAAAAUGAACAUCACGAAAAAGCGGUCGAGCUACUUAAGUCCGCUCAAGGUUAGUGUUGAUUCUGUCGCAUUUCUGGACAACUAUGCCGGUGGAGAUGAGCGAACUGUUUUGUUUUGUCGGACUCGUCUCCCGGACGGAGUGGUAGAGUGCACAGUUUCUACUGUGAGUGAAUACUCCACCGACACCUUUUUCGCAGUUCGUACGUACAGCGCGUGACCGAUCUCAUGAAAUGUUGCCCAAAAUUCUGGAAUGCGUUUCCGAUUAGGAAGGAUUACUUAGGUGGGAUUAUCCUACUCAUUAUCAAGCAGCAUAACCCUAUAACAUUUCGGACUCGCCAGGAUGUCGGAUUUUGAAUGCACUUCUUUUUGACCUCCUGUAGAAACCACACUCGGUAAAAACAGACUACUUAAGUAGCAUGCAUUUUUCCUAUUGAUUUUCGAUUGUCUUAUAAAUUCAAACAUAUUUUACAGAAACCAUGCACAAAAAGUAAACUUUCUUUUGCUCAUUUGGUAGGAAAUCACAUAAUUUUCAUAUUGUAUGCCCGAAGAGAGUGUGUACUUAAGUUCUAAAAAGUUUCUAAUUAUGAGAUUUUUAAGACCGUACGAUGUCCAUGCAUGCACGACCGCACAUGUCCGUUUACUAAUGCUCCUCAUGAAAUGUACAACGCAAUCCGGAUCCGUUGCAAAAUUUCAUGAACUCCAUGUGGUAUCAUCUUAAAGGCAUAGAUGAAUAUAUGAUUUUCCUUACGCGGAAAGCGUGCACUUUGUGGACAGAAAUUGCUAAACGCUGAUGCAAUGGCAGAUCAGGCUGAAAAUUAUUCAGGAAUCGGGAAACUUUUCUAAAACCUAAACAAACACUUCUGCGGGCAUAAAAUAUGAAGGCAAUGUGAUUUCCUACCAAAUGAGCAGAAGGAAGCUUACUUUUUGUGCAUGGUUUCUGUAAAAUAUGUUUGAAUUUAUAAGACAAUCGAAAAUUAAUAGGAAAAAUGCAUGCUACUUACAUAGUCAGUUUUUACCGAGCGUGGUUUCUACAGGAGGUCAAAAAGAAGUGCAUUCAAAAGCCGACAUCCUGGCGAGUCCGAAAUACAUAGGGUUAUGCUGCAUGAUAAUGAGUAUAAUAAUCCCACUUAAAUAAUCCUUCCCAAUCGGAAACGCAUUCCAGAAUUUUGGCCAACAUUUCAUGAGAUCGAUCACGCACUGUACAUAUCUCGCAAGCCGGCUGUCACGUCCGACCUUUAUGAAUAGAUAUCAGCGGCGGCGCACUGUUGUUUCCUAUAGUGGCUUCUAGUAUUUCGAACGGAACCAUCCUAUCCACCUAUCCCAAACAUACUAGAAAAGUUCACGAUCUUUGUCAGCAUCUGCUAUCAACGAGCUGUCCGUUGUACAACUGGGAGGUUUACUUUCCUUUUUUUUCUUUUGUCCUUGUCGACUGAUAUUCGGCUCAACUUUUGAGCAGACAAACGAAGCGGGGUUCUCUGCUGAAAAUUUGGGAAACUUACACUUUUAAUCGGAAGUAAUUGUAGGCUAUGCUGGUCUCAUUGUUUUGUCGUUUCAGCUAGACGUCAGCACUGCAACCAUAAGGGGAGGGGACAACACGACAUCAUGACUAGAUUUAUCCGUCUUGUUAAGUUGUACAUUUUUCGUCCUUUCAAAAUUUUAAGAUGCCCUUCGCCUGCAGGUCCUCAUAAGUAGUAUCGCUCUUCAUAGGAAGUGCUGCUUCUUGUUUUGGGUAAUCUCGAUAAUUAGGAUAAAAUUCUGCCCAGUGCAGGCGACGAAUUCUUUACGGCAAGACAUGAUACCAUUGUGAGCUGGCUAGCCCAGUUCAUGUGAUUUGAUACGUUUGGUAUUCCUUGUACCCGCGUCACCGCGGUUCGUUUUUCCUCCUCUGUUAGGGCAUAUACCUCGGUUUUAAGUUUCAAUUUGACACUAAGUACCUCUUUGACUUCCUUAAAGGCACCGUACGACUGGUUGUGCGCUACACGCCUAAGGUGCUGGACGAGAUGGAGGCACGUUUCGACAAGCAGAAGACUCGGAGAAGGCCUCAGACGUGA